AUGACCGUUUUUUUCUAUAAUUUAGAUUUAUCCAAGUUGAAAUUAAGGCGACACGGAUUUCCACAGCAUAUAACAGGAAAUGAAAAAUGGGUAGCUGAUUUCAUUUAUCCAAAUCAUUGGAAGAGUGGUUCAAUCAUUGAAGUUUCUCACAAGAUCGGACUAGAAAAACGAACACAAAUAAUAAUUCCUAAAUCAAAAAUUGUUUUCUUAUUAGUAUACGUGUCGGCCCUUUUCAUAUUAUCAUGGAUGUGGGAACCGAAAUCUAAAAAUAUAGAAUGCGUUAAAAAAUCUUUAACCCCCGAGUUAUAUUGA